CUAGUUAGACGAAUAUCAGAAGCUCUACCUUCCCCACAUAAGACCAGCCCCCAUACACUUCUUCUUCUUCUUCUUCUUCUUCUUCUUCUUCUUCUGAGUCCGCUGUUAGAUCUGACAAAGAUGGGGAGGGGGAAGAUAGUGAUAAGGAGGAUCGACAACUCGACGAACAGGCAGGUGACCUUCUCGAAGCGGCGGGGCGGGCUGCUGAAGAAGGCCAAGGAGCUCUCCAUCCUCUGCGAUGCGGAGGUCGGCCUCGUCGUCUUCUCCAGCACCGGCAGGCUCCACGAGUUCUCCAGCACCAACAUGAAAGCUGUGAUAGACCGAUAUACCAAGGCAAAAGAGGAGCAGGCUGGCGUGAAUGCAACUUCAGAGAUUAAGCUUUGGCAAAGGGAGGCAGCAAGCUUGAGGCAGCAACUGCACGACUUGCAAGAAAGCCACAAGCAACUGAUGGGAGAGGAGCUUUCCAGCCUAGGUGUAAGAGAUCUCCAGGGUUUAGAGAAUCGGCUCGAAAUGAGUUUACGCAGUAUCAAAACAAGGAAGGACAACCUUCUGAGAAGUGAAAUUGAAGAGUUACACAGGAAGGGAAGUCUAAUCCACCAGGAAAACACGGAACUGUGUCGUAGAUUAAACAUCAUGUCACAACAAAAAAUGGAACUGAGCAGAAAGCUUCAGAGCUGUGAAUCGGGAGGUGCCACUGAUGCAAAUAAAAGCUCUAGCACUCCCUACAGCUUUCGUAUUGUACAAGACGCAAAUAUUCCUGCUAAUCUUGAACUGAGCCAGGCACAACAAAAUGAACAGGAGCACUCCGAAACAGACGCUCCAGCACUGGGCAGACUUCAACUGUCCUAAGACGAUCUAAUACAUUCUGGGCAACGUCAUGGGUAAUCAAAAAUAUCAAAUCAUGAUUCAGAGCACUUGUAGUUGGAUAAUGCAGCAUGUUGUGCGCUAUACUAGCCCAUAAAGAAAAGUGCACAGACUACAGACAGGACAGAUUAUGCUGCCAGGGGCUAUAUUAUAUUGAAGUUGUGACAUAAUGGUUGUUGUAAUGAUACUAGUUGUAACAUCAUAAUUUUUAUGCUUAUGCCCACAUGACAUUAAAGUAAUUGUGUAUCGAUAGCUGUGUACAAUCAGCAUUAAUUUUUCUAGUUCUUCUAUGAACUAAUAAUUAGGCUGGUUGAUACUUCAAGUCGAUGCUAGCAGAUUUCAGUUCCCACAUUCCACCUGGAUCCUAUAGUGCGGUCACGGAAAAUUACAACGUUCUUCAAUCUUCAUUACUUGUGGAAGUACUCCCUCUGUAAACUAAUAUAAGACCGUUUAGAUCACUAAAGAGGGAGUACUUCACAAGUACAACAAUGUCCAAAAUUCAGAAAGCAUGGAUCUAUGAUGGAAACAUAUAAAAACCAUUGGUUACAUGCAAGGGUGAAGGAGAGGCUCCACCAAGGUGAACUCUAGCACCACAUACACCCCAAACAAAAAUUAGUCCAACGAGAUUCUCGUUAAC